UGCUGGCCCUUUAAGAGUGGUCCCUCUGACAUCACGGCCAGCUGCAGGGAGCCGAACUUGCUGGUGGCGGCUCGGGCUCUGGCUUCCCUGCUGCUGGGCGAUUGUGAAUCCUCCCCGGUUCCCAACCUUAGCGGAUCCCGUGAUCGAGCGGGAUCUGGGAGCCGCGGGGGCGCCCUUUGCCUGCCUCAUCCUCCCCUCUUGCUUGUGUGUACGCUCGAAUCUCCCCGCUGUGCGUGAGAGAGAGAAAGAGAGAGAGAGGGAACGCGAAAAAGAGCGAAAGGAAAGCAAGAAGUGGAGGGAGGAGAAGGAGGAGGAGGAGGAGGGCAAGAGCGAGAGGCUGCCCACCCGCUUGGGGUCUGACUGCGGCAGGAAGAGGACUCUCUCGGUAGCCGCCGAGAGAAGGGAGCCGCAUCCCUUCUCUCUUUCUUUCUUUCUUUCUCUCUCUCUCUCUCUCCCUUUGUCCAUCCCUCCAUCAUCAUCCCCAUCCCCACCCCCUUCCUUUCUUGUCUCCUGCAGCUCAGGGCAUCUCUGCCUCCUCUCUUUCAUAUUUCUCCUACUGCGUUUGGAGAAAGGAWAGAAACAUUCCUCCUGUUUGGGAUCUUGCCCUUCUUUCUCCCUCUCCUGAAGCCUUCUCUUCCCCUUUCUCCCCAUCCUUUUGUGCUUCCUUUGGGGGGCAGCUCCCUCCCCUUUUCCAGGCAUCCCCCCAGUUUCUGUUUCCUCCCUCCAUCUCUCUUUCCUUCCUCCUCUCCCUCCUCCUCCUCCUCCUCCUCCUCCGCGUCUGCUGCAUCCUCUCCUCCCUUUGCUUCCCUCUUCUUCCCCCUCCUGCACUCGUCUUCCGCCCUCUCUGCUCCAUUCUCUCCCUUUCCCUGCCUCUCUUCUUCCCCGUCUUCCUGCCUCUGUUUCUCUGCGGCUGUAGCAUCCCUCCGUCCUGACUCCUGACGCGCUCUGUUAUUCUCUCCCUUGCCUCUUCUGCUGCAUCCCUCUGCUGGCUCCCUUUUUCAUUCUGUCAUUCCCCCCUCUCCAUCCCUCCCUCCCUUCCUCUUUUUCCUCGCUUGCUGCAUUCUUUCCGCUGGUGCCCGGUUCGAUAUUUGCCACCCCAUCGCCCUCCCCGACCCGGCCUCAGCCUCUGCUGCAUCCCUUCCCUCCCUUCCCUUCCCUCCCCCUUUCCCUCCAGAGAGAGAACACUGCACCCUUUCUCUCAUCCCUACUCUUCUGGAGGGAACCAAACUUCUGGAUGGGGCCUUCUGGGUGCUCUUUGGGGGUAGAGUAGCCCCUCCUUGGCCCUGAAAGAGAGUGGCCCCUGAGCCCGCCUGCCUUGCUCCAGCCCUCCCCUUGGAAGUCCCCUUGGAAGUCCCCCAAAAAGGAGCAGGAAAGCAAUGCAGGUGCGGUGGAAGAGCAAGGAACUCCGAGCCCCAGUGGGAUUCUAACUAACCGCAAGGUCCUUGCGCUGCACUUGGCCAGUGACUCCCCCUGUCGCCUAGGAUGAGUAACUGCAGCAGCCGCGCCUUGACCCUGCUGUCUAGUGUUUUUGGAGCGUGUGGGCUGCUCCUGGUGGGCAUCGCUGUCAGUACGGACUACUGGCUGUUCAUGGAGGAAGGGAUUGUGUUCCCACAGAACCAGACCACGGAGAUAGUCAUGGCGCUCCAUGCUGGACUUUGGAGGGUCUGCUUCUUUGCUGGUCAGAAAAAAGGCAGCUGUGUUGCUUCUGAAUACUUCCUUGAACCGAGGCCCGACCCUGAUCCCGAAGGUCCUCUUGUUACAGAGAACACCGAAAACAUCCUCAAGACCAUCCGCACAGCAACCCCUUUCCCCAUGGUCAGCCUCUUCCUCGUCUUCACAGCAUUUGUCAUUAGCAACAUUGGACAUAUCCGCCCCCAGAGGACCAUCCUAGCCUUCGUUUCUGGAAUCUUCUUCAUCCUCUCUGGGCUCUCUCUGGUGGUGGGCUUGGUCUUGUACAUCUCCAGCAUCAAUGAUGAAGUGAUGAACCGUCCCAGUGGCUCCGAGCAGUAUUUCCAGUACCGCUACGGAUGGUCCUUUGCUUUUGCUGCUUCUUCCUUCUUGCUCAAAGAGGGCGCAGGCGUGAUGUCUGUCUACCUCUUCACCAAGCGCUACGCUGAGGAGGAAAUGUACCGUCCGCACCCGGCCUUCUACCGCCCGCGGCUGAGCGACUGUUCUGACUACUCAGGCCAGUUCUUGCACCCCGAAGUGUGGCACCGCGGACGCAGCCCCUCUGACAUCUCCAGCGACGUUUCCAUCCAGAUGACUCAGAACUACCCACCAGCGAUCAAGUACCCCGAACAUAUGCACAUAUCCACCUCACCUUGCUAGACGCACCAGAGAACAUGCUGGACAAGGAGGCCAGCCUUUGCUUGCAGACUAUAUUGUCCUACCCCCUACCUGCCUAGGAGACUCCUGUGAAGACAUAAGUGGGGGCGUCUUUCCCCCUCUCUGAAGACUCUUUACCAUCUGCUCUGCUAGAAACGUCUUCUCUCUUUCUCUCUCUCUUUCUCUUUUUCUUUAUCCAGCUGGUGGGAACUUCAACCAACUUUUAAGAUUGCCAAUGCCUCCCCUCCUCAUUCCUGCUUGGAAAUGGUCCUAAUCUUUUUCUCUCUGCUGGGAAACUUGGCUACCAAAUUGAAAAAAUCCCACCUCAAAGACUCAGUCAUAUAUGUCCUCCUCCUUUCUCCACAGAGCAGUGGAAUUUCCCAGUUCGGUUAUGCCGCCUCAGAAUACCUCUCCUUUCACUCAGGUGGUUGGAAACCCUAGCAGGAAGCGGCUCAUUUAUUUAGCAUGUUCUGUCCCUCUCAACGUUCUCCUCAAAAAAGACUUGUCAAGAAGUAAGUUCCAAAACCAUCUAUAUCAUUCAGUACACGAGAAGAAGAAUCCAAACAGUCAUUUCCCCCCAUGAAGGCAAUACCUGACCAUAAAUGGUUCCAGGCCACCUUUUUGGUGGAUCACAACAAAAUCAACAACAUAGAUAAGAAGUAAUGAGCUUAAUAAUUCUUGUUUUCUCACUAGAUAUAAAUAACACCUCUUUGCCAUAUUCACCCUCCACCCCUAAAGGCUCUAUUUCUUCAGGCAUAUCCACUUUAAAAAGGUAAUUAACUUUACAUCCCAGUUUCUUAGGUGAUGGCAAGAAUGUUAGUUUGGCCCAAAACGAGCAUCUAAUUCUGCAUUUUCUUUUUCACCAUUCUAGUUUGUGACAUAGCUCUGAGAUUAUUGCUAUGUUCCUGUGUCUCAAGAUAUCUAGCCCUUUCCAAAAAUAACUCUUUGGUUGAUUCCUUCCAAUAUUUCAACCUUGGACAAUCAACAUUUAGCAUGAAGCUAUUUCCUUGCCAUUUUUCUGUAUCUUAAAUAUCCUGACAGGAAAUAAACAGGUCACCAUUUUGGUGUGCUCAGCUAUGACCAA